CGAUUGCAAUGACGUCAUACACUAAGUUUCGUGAGGUCGUCUCCUGUAAAUAAUAUAUCUAAUAGCUGUAGAGAUACACUGUAAUAUUUCACGUAUUUCCCAUGGAGAACAGAUUUAUCUAAAUGCUGAUAGCAUACUGUAGAGGGUGGCAGUCCUCUGCCAGCCUGCUUGCUGUCGAUCAGCUCGCUAGGCUAACUUUAGCGUGAUACUUAGCUUGUUAGGACGCUAGCAUUAGCUAGCUAUUUAGCUAAUCAGAGGUUAUUACGGGAGGAGUCUAGGUUGUUUUCAGAGGCCCGUAUCUAAUUGAGAUGGACAUUUGAAAUGACAGUCGUCUAUAGCCUCUAACUGAACUGACGCGUAUCAAAGACCACAGGUCAAGCUUGCCUUGACGUUGGACCUCCUGCCUAGCAUGCAGCCAUGAGCUCUGCCCUGUGGAGCCAGGAGAAGCCCAGUGGGGGCUUCAGGGAGGACUGGCGUUUCUACAUGGUCGUAAAGGAGUGUACGGUGGAGAAACCUCCCCAGAAGACCCUGAGGAUCCCCCGUGGCAGUCUCGGUCAGGCCUGCCAGGAGCGCAACAGCCUGGGGCGAACACUGCCCCCAUGCAAGGGCAAAAAAAGCCUCCGCAUCCUGGACCAGACCAACGUGGUGCUGAGCCUGGACGAGCGGGACGUCCUGGAGCUGGAUGAGAAGUUGGCUGAGCUGCUGUUCCCCAUUACCAACUGUGAGGAGCGAUAUGCCCUGCUCUGCAACAAGUCACGGCUAGAGCGCGUCCGUGAUAUUGACUGUGGUUCAAAGGUGCACGUCCAGCUGCGCUCAGGGGAUGAACCUCUGCCUGGUGUGGUCCGCUUCAAGGGCUCACUGCUCCCUGACAGAGCCCUCUCUGGGAUCUGGUUUGGAGUGGAGCUGCUGGAGGAGGGCCGUGGCCAGGGCUUCACAGAGGGCUCCUAUCAGGGCCGCCAACUUUUCCGCUGUGAGGAUGAGUGCGGUGUGUUUGUGGCCCUGGACAAGCUUGAACUCUGGGAGGAUGAUGAUGACGAAGACUUGGGCAAGCUGGAGGUGGACCACGUCAACCUGGUGGAAGAGGACCAGGACUUCCCUCCACUGGAGAUCAACUCCAGGGUCCUGGUGCAGACCAGGGACGGACCAGAGAGAGGCACAAUCAUUUUUUGUGACCAGCUGCCAGGCAACGAGAGCCUGGGCUACUAUGUGGGAGUUGACAUGGACAAUCCUAUCGGGGACUGGGAUGGCGUGUUUGAUGGGAAGUUGCUGUGUAAUUUUGCCAGUUUGGAGCACACUCGACUCGUCCCCAUCUGUGACGUAAUGCCAGAAUAUUCCAUGCAGGACCAAAGGCUGCAAAAGCACAGUUUUGCCCCCAGAGGCACCAACAGUGACAAGUCAUCCUCUGGCCAAAGCAAACCAAAGAGCAAAGGAUUAAGUCAUCAGUGUGGCAGUAGAAGCAAGUCUGAAUUUUACUAUACUUUAAAUGGCAGCUCUGUUGAUCCCCCCGCCCAGUCCAAAUCCAAAAGCACAUGGUACAUUGAUGAAGUUGGGGAGGACCCCGCCAAGUCACUUACUGACACGCCCCCUGACUUCAACCAGUCCUCCCCACCCUCCAGAGCCCCGCCCACUGCCUCGUUGUCCAGUGACAACAAGUUCCACUCUCUGCCCUUCAGCCUGAACCGGAAGACCGGGCCCAUCGACAGCAUGAGCCAUGGGCCUCUCUCCCUUUCUGUCCAGUCGGUGAUGGGAGAGCAGCCCGAGCCCCCAUCACCUGCUGCCCCUCUCUCACCGCGGCCUCCCACACCUCCCAGAGGACAGCCAGGUCUGGAGGUGGGCUCUCUGGUGGAGGUGAAGGAGAACCCCCCUCUGUGUGGUGUCAUCCGCUGGGUGGGUCUGCCUCCUGGCCUGCAGGAGGCUUUGGCUGGGCUGGAGCUGGAGGAAGAGUGCCCUGGCUGCACUGAUGGCACCUUCAAAGGUACGCGGUACUUCACCUGCCCACCCAAAAAAGCCCUGUUUGUAAAGCUCAAGUGCUGCCGACCCGACUCCCGCUUCCCGUCCCUGCAUCACUCCUCCAACCCCAUAGAGCGGUGCAACUCCAUCGCAUUUGGGGGUUACCUAAGUGAGGUAGUACACGAGAACACGCCUCCCCGCACAGAGAAUGAUGGUCUGGAUGUCAUGGUUGGAAAAAAGAAAGGCAUCCAGGGCCACUACAACUCCUGCUACCUGGAUUCAACCCUCUUCUGUCUUUUCUCCUUCAGCUCUGUACUGGACACGGUUCUGCUGAGGCCACGCUCGAAGACUGAUGUGGAGUAUUACAGAGAGACCCAAGAGCUGUUACGCACAGAGAUAGUCAACCCUCUGCGCAUACAUGGGUAUGUUUGUGCCACUAAAGUGAUGAAGCUAAGGAGGAUCCUGGAGAAAGUAGAAGCUGCCUCUGGGUUUACCUCUGAAGAAAAAGAUCCCGAGGAGUUCCUCAAUAUCCUUUUCCAUCAUAUACUGAGGGUGGACCCGUUGCUCAAGCUAAGGUCAGCAGGACAGAAGGUCCAGGACUGUUACUUUUACCAGAUCUUUAUGGACAAGAAGGACAAGGUUGGAGUUCCCACCAUCCAGCAGCUCCUGGAAUGGUCCUUCAUCAACAGCGACCUAAAGUUUGCUGAGGCUCCCUCCUGCCUUAUCAUCCAGAUGCCCCGCUUUGGCAAGGACUUCAAAAUGUUCAACAAGAUUUUCCCCUCACUAGAGUUAGACAUCACAGACCUUCUUGAAGACACUCCAAGGGAAUGUCGAAUCUGUGGAGGCCUGGCUCUCUACGAGUGUCGAGACUGUUAUGAGGACGGGGAUAUCACUGCUGGCAAGAUUAAACAGUUCUGUGAAAAGUGCAAUACACAGGUUCACCUCCACCCGAGGAGGAAAACCCAUCGGCACGGCAAACUGUCCGUCCCGAAGGAGCUGCAAGAAGGUACGGGGCGGCAGGGCAGUUUUCCCCGCCAGAGGAUGGAGCUGUUCGCCGUACUGUGCAUAGAAACCAGUCACUACGUGGCCUUCGUCAAGUACGGCAGCGCAGAUUCCGCCUGGCUCUUCUUCGACAGCAUGGCUGACCGUGAUGGAGGGCAGAACGGUUUCAACAUCCCCCAGGUGUCUCCCUGUCCGGAGGUGGAGGCCUACCUGAAAAUGACCCCGGAGGAGCUGCACGCCCUGGAUCCCAAGAGCAUCCAGGGCCAGGCCCGACGCCUUCUGUGCGAUGCCUACAUGUGCAUGUACCAGAGCCAGACCAUGAGCCUGUACAAGUAGAAUCCUCGACCCCCCAGCCCCCAAACCCCAACCCCUCCACCCAUCACCCUCACCUACACCACAUCCCCUCUCCCAGGGCAGGAGAUUCCCCGAAAGACCAAAAAUAAAAAAUAAACUAAAAGAAGAAAGGCUGCCUGCCAGCAGGGGUGUUGUCCGGAGUUAACCCUCUCCACCCCACCUCUCCUCAAUGCCUACCCAUCUCCGGAGGUUGGAGAGAUAGAAGAGAGGGGGUAAAGCCUAUUUGCACUGUGCAUUAGUUGAAGUGUUGUGUUCUUCAUGUAGUCCUAUGUAGCUUCCCUGUGUCUCACAGCUGAGCAUUGGUGGUGGAUAAUGAAGCAAAGGUAGGUUCACUCCCUGUUCAGGGAGGAAGGGGGAGAAGAUGGGCGGGAGGGCAUGUUAGCCGCGCCGCGGCUGACAAAACAUGCGCAACAAAAACAAGAUGAGCUAGUGGGAGGACCUUGGCCACCUCAUUUACCUUAAGAAAAGAGGAGUCCUGCUAUUCUUAAUCACUGUAAAAGACGGGAGCUUCCCAUAACGCCACAUGGAAGCAACACAGUGCGCAAAUCCUCAUCCAAUCUGUGUGUACUGUUCUAAAAACUGUGUAAAAUCUCUUAGUAGCAUAGAUUUCUCCAGGUAGUAACAUCAACAGUAUAGAUGUCAACCUACUGUGCAGUUGCAUUAAGACCAGAGUAUUCUGCUCUUUGUGAACCGGUUUGCAUAUUUCCCCAUCACACUGUGUAAAUGUCUUUACAGUACAUGUUUUGCAGAAACAGAUGUAGCCAUUGUAAAAGUCUCACGUUUUACUGCAUACUUGCUCAACCAAUGCUGCACUUUUGCUCUAUCCCAAGUGGACCUAUCAGGAAACAUUUAUGUUUUGCUCUUUUUUUUUUUUCUUUUCCCCCAUUGGAAGUCACAGUGAGUGUCUAAUUUGUUGGUUGGGAGACAUCAGAGUUUUGUGUUACAGAAUACAAAUUUGCUUCUCCUCUGUAGCUGUAAAGAACGCUCUGCAUUGCUAAUGCAGAGUAGAUGCCAGAUAAAUGCAUGAAGGGAGACUUGUACAAUGGCUCCUGUUGUAAAGCUGGUUGGUGGAGCACUCCAUGCAUUCAUAGGGUCAAUGAGGUGAAAUACUGGAAAAAUCCGGCUGUUUUCUUUAAAGUAAGAGAGUAGGAUGUGAAAAAUUUCACGUAUAGUGUUUUUUACGUCUCUGACUCGUUGUGUUGAUGACUAAAUCUAAAUUAUAUUUUAUGUUUACAAAGCCUUUUCUCUGCCCGUCAUGGCAAGUAUUGACUCUCGCUGCCUUCCAUGAAGAUGUGACAUGCAAUGUUUCCAGCCAUGCACCAGAUAACAAAACAAUUGUGAUCAAAUAUUAUUAUUUAUUAUAUUCUAAUCAUAUUACAAACUCGUAUGUCGUCCCUUUUUAAGAAAAUGAAACAGGGUUGAUGAUACUGCAGGGUUUGGGUACUCCUUGUCAUCUUUCACUGUAUAUUGAAGUGAGUUUGUAGUUUACGCUGUCUCAUAGCAACUACUGAAUGUUAAUAGUGACAUGUUGAACAGUGUAGAGUUAAAAAAGGACAGAUAAUGAAUGAGGCACAAGGCUGGUAACCUUGGGGCACCAUAUAUAUGUAUUUGAAGAAAAAUAAUGAAAUUUAAAAAAAAUCCUUGAUUCCCUUUUUUUUCCAGUUUUAAAGAAUACCUAAAGCAUACCAAUCUUACUGGGGAUCAAGAUAUAAAGUAUUUGUUGGUUUUUCUAUAUCACACAAAAUUGGAUAAAAUCAACAAACUGCACAUGUUGGCAUCAGCAUUAUACAUAUUUUUCCUACAUCACAACUUAAUCAUAGAUUUAGUUGUGAGUAUACAAUAAGUGUGUGAGGGCGUUUUAUAAAUUAGGUUCCAUCUGACAACUUCCAUUUUGCUCUGUGGUCGUUUCCACUGUCCCAGGGAUCCUGACAGGAGACCUUCCUGUGUGAACUUUUUCUGCACUGCUGAAGCUUGUCACUGACUGGAGCCUUGUUCUCUGUGAGAGAAGUCUCAGAACGGAGGAUGGGAUUUAGAUUUUUUUUUUUUCCUUUUCUGUUGCAUCUGUACAGUAUAGACAUGUAACGGGUGGAAAAUUAAUGUCAGUGAUGUUCCUGUAAAUGUUAACAAAAUAAAGCCCAUUUUGAAGGGUACGCAACA